GUAUAAUCUAGAUUUUAAUUCAGCACCUAGGUUAGGUACCUAGGUUAGGUAGGUAUAAAAGAUGAUAUUAAUACAAAGACCAUACCUCCGCAUAUAAUUACUCGGACCCCUGCUAAACUAAGUAGUCGUGAGUAUCCUUGAUAUUCUUCGUUGAUAUAAUUAGGCUUAUUUUGCAUUGCAACCAAAGCCAGCUGCGGAGCAGGAUGCCCCUUUUCUAUGCCAAGAGACCUAUUUCAUGCCUACCUAACUUAUCCUGGCUGCAACUCGACUUUCGGAUUGGUGCGUUAAUAGAAAUGUAGACAUUGGCACCGACAACAUGUCGUGGAAUCGAUUACUCCGGUGCAAUGUCGCCAAGCUUGUAGGUAAAUAAAUUGCCCCUGGGCACUCCGGUGGAAGGAUACGCAGUAAUUUCAUGAGUUCGGCCAUUCACUGUCUAUAAAAAUGGCGCCUUCACCGCACUUAGAAGCACGACGGGACGAUAAUCCCAGUCUGCUUCUUGAUCUCUAUAAAUAUAAGAAACUUUAUAAUGGCUCGAUCUUUUAUUAUCGCGGCGGCGCUCACACUUGUCGCCGUUGUUCAGGCGCAGUGCGGCUCUGGCACUCCAGAUGCUACUGUGUCCGGUUCUGCCAACUCUUUCAAGGCCACUAAAGGCUCAAGUACAGUAUAUUCUGGCUCUGACUACCGCGCUGCGAUUCAGGCAGCUGUGGAUUCAAUAAGCAGCGGUCAACGAGUCUCCGUCAUGGCCUCGGGAUCCAUUGGAGCCAAUACUAUCACCAUUAGCAGUGGCAAGAUAUUCGAAGGCUGCGGUACUAUCGACGUUGGAAACCGGGCUGGGCAUGGUGCAAUUGAGUCGUUGGACACUUCUGGUGUUCAAAUUCCGUACCUUACCAUGACCGGGAAUCCGUAUUUUGGAUUGCGGUUUUAUGGCACCAAGAACCUGGUUCUUGGGAAAAUCACGAUGAAUCUUAGCGGGGGGUUGGGCAUCCGUUUCGACAGAGACGCAGCUGCAAACUCGAAUGUGAAGAUGGAUGUCAUCAAGGUUACCGGUGCUGGUAGUCAUGCUGUAGAGACCUGGAACAUUGAUGGCCUUGAAAUCAAUCAAGUCAUCGCGAAAGAUGUCGGCGAGUGCGGAUUACUGCUUCAGAAGACUAUUAACGCCAAUGUUAAACUUGUCGAUGGUGACAACGUCGCCAAAGGUACCGGGUACGCAACAUUUCGCAUGGCAAACAAUAACGGCCAAAAUGCUAACGGCAAUUACAACACCAAUGUUCAUGUUGACAAAGUUGUGUCCCGUGGUGGCGGUCGUGGCAUCUUCUGCGUUUCACAAUCUGGAGCAACUGUCAUCGAGAGCGUUGACCUCUCUAGCAACGGAAACAAUGCCAUUCUCAUUGAGAAUUGUUACAAUCUAUCGAUCCGCGGGGGCAUUGUCAAUGGAGGUGGAGAAGUACGUCUCGCGGCCCGCGACGAGUUUCCCAAUAACCGCGACAUUUGGAUCACCCUGACAGUAAACAAUAACUCCGUUCGUGAGUCUCCUUGUGGUGAGAAUACCAACUGGACGAUCGAAGGUAACGCCAGCAAGAAUAUUUGCUAGUUCGCGUAAAAAGAAGAAAGAGUACAGAUGAUAACGGGUGUUGCUGAACAUCUUGAACUACACUUGUUCAUUGAAACAAUAUACAUCCUAGACGGGACAGGCCAAUAGUAUUGACUGCUGCAAUUUCGGUCAAGCCUUUUAGUUUCGUUGGCCAUAGUUUUACUACAGUU